CGUGGUCCUCCUUCUCGUCGCGUCCUCUUCGUCUUAUGAUUUUCCUACAGCACGAUCGAAAAAUCGCGGCGCCGCAUCAUGCUGAUUACCGCGGUAGAAUAUUUUCAAAUAGUGAGGAUACUAUAGUAGCCAUUGUUGGUAGCGUAGUCCUAGUCCGCUACAAAGAAAUAUAUACAUAAAUAGCUGCAAUAAGCAAAAGAAAAAGAAAUACUAUAUCUAUGUCCACAUCUCCUCACGACCACGCGCAAUAGGACGAGAUGGCAAAAAGCAUUGUGAUCUGUCUUGAUCUAAGUUGAGGCCGAGCGGCCGCCUGCGGGACUUCUGCUGACGAUGCUGCACCAGCAGCAGCAUCACACGGGGUUGAUCGUACCCCCCCAGACAGCCGGCAUGCUGGGCGCGACAACGCCAAACACGACGGGGGCAACUAGUACGUCUUCCGCCAGUGGCGCGAACUACUUCUACCGUACUACAGCCGCGACUCCGUUCCAAGCGUUUGCGCAGAAACAGAACAGCCGGCUAGCUGCGUUGAAAGCGCAGUCCAAGCGGAACUCCAACACGUUGAAGCUGCUCCAGGCACCGAGCUACGUGCCGCAGCCGACUUCGUCAUCCGUGGAUCCAGGGUUUGUGGGGGAGGACCACGGUGCUGUAGCAGAAGUUGAGCGGAACGGUUCCAAAUUGUCUUCCCAGCUGAACAACCCACACCCGAAGAAACUCAACGAAGAGCUUGCGCGGGAGAAUCAAUCGCUGAAGAAUUUGCUGUGUUCCUGGCAAAAUGCCUACCAGCAGCUGGAGGAAGCUUAUGAAGAAAGUGAGAAGGAUAAGCAGCUGCUUUUGGAAAGCUGCAAGGCGCAGAUACAGGAGACGCGCACCGCCUGUCUGGACCAGCUCAGCGACCUGCAGAAGGGAAAUGACGAGUUGCGGAAAGAGGUACUCAUACGGAAGCGAAUGCAUUUAUUUUGAGUGUUGACUAGUUGUACUGCUCUUCGGCUGAUGUUCCGCUCUUCAUAUUGAGUGUUGACUAGUGGUACAUAACGAUAAAAACCGCUCUUCUCACUUUUUUCUGCACCACUGCCUCCACCAACAGCUUCUCGACUGCCGCGCAAGGUUGCACGAGCAGGUGCAGUAUGAACUGCAAAAAUAAAUGUCUGGGUCUGGAAGAAUGCAAACUCGUAAUGCGCAUUUCAGAACACAAAAAAAUCUCUCAUGCAUAGGUAUCAAAAGCUGCCCACUUCCUGCCAGCCAAGUGGGGGACUUGUCAUGCGAAUUCGGCAUCGCGGAAGCUUCUUGAAACCUUUGAUGCUUGAAGCAGGACUCUUCCAGACCCACACACUUUUGCAUUUGAUAUGCAGGAGCACGGCAGGACAACGAGGACGAACCGAGAGCUGACAAACGUUUUGCAGGACGUCCGCAGAGAGAUGCAGGCACUGCUGCUAGUGAACAACAACGGCGAUGUAUCAAACAAAAAAAGUUCGUCACGAUCUUUACUCAUCUUCGGUGAUCUUAAAAUACAAGAAGCAUCUGUGCUGGGCAUGCAUUAACGUGCAUCUGAGUCAAAUUUCAUAUGCGAUUUGCAUGUGCCUUGUGUCUCUGCAAGACAAGAAGUGGCUGCGAUGCCUCUUGGAAAAUAAUUUAUCAUGCGAAAGAACCUGCAAAAUAUUAGUGACUGUGGCAAACUUUUUUGUGUUGUCAUAAGGUGAAGGACCGACUGUGCCCGGCGGCGGGACCUUCGCAGCUGACAGUACUGUCGGGCACGUGAACAUGAACCUGGAUCUCCUUCCUGACGCUGCUGUACGAACACCUGGCCCCGCCCAGCAGGUUUUUCAAUUUUACCAAGAACAAACGCGGCCAGAGCAAUCUUAUCUGGGUGUUUUGCAGGAAGAUUCUGACCUUGAUGUCCCGGGAGGAGUAGAGGCAUCUCUUCAACAUUUCCUACAAGUGGAGGAACGCCUUGAUGAGAAUCAGAAACAUCUUCCCGAAAUAUUACACCGCGCUACAACUCGUGGCCACGAUUCUUGCGAAGAGUUCGAUGCCGCCGACGAGAUCGAGGAGAUUUUUCUGAAGAACAGUGCACGGGGGCGAAGUAAAAAUGGCUCUUCCUCUUCUUGCGCGACGAGUUCUUCUCGAACCUGCAACAGGCGCCAUGGCAAACCAGCAGCAAUGUGUCCAAAGAUGAACGAAAUAUUGUUUACUAGGAACCUCGAUGUUGAAGCGCAACAAGAGGAGGACGAAUGCGCUGUAGAUGGGAGUUCUGCAGAACAACGGAACAAAAAUAACAGCAAAAAAACGUUGAACCCAGAAAGGAAAAGUGCAGCCGUCAGGUUGGAGCUCACGACCGGCUGUAAUCUACUACCUAGAAGCGGCCGGAGCACGAGUUCGAGUACGUUAAGCACCCCGGUAUUCCCGCGUCGAAGGGACUCGUCUGCCGCGCGAGAAAACUUGCUUCGGAAACUGCUCGCAGACGGCUCCUGAGGCCGUCGACAAGAACUUUGUACGAUUUUUUACUCCAGUGAAGUAGAAGGGAUCACAUACUAAAAGCAACGACUCCGCGCAAUUUUUGCCGGUUCCUAAGCCUAACUUCGUUAGAAUUAUGAUGCACGUUUCAAAAACAAAAGCGAAGCAGCCACUCUCACUAGUUUUGUCAAAAAUUUAUUGUGAACGACUCCUGCUUGUACAAAAAUUGAAUCCUAGCCCGUCGAUACGCGCCUUAUUUGGCUUAGUAUAGCUGCACAAGGAAGAACAAUAAUUCUUCUUCUUGCGCAAACGACGUGCUGGCCCGACUGAACGUGGAAUAAAGGAAACAAUGCACCUCAUUUGUCGACUUGUCUUCGUCCUCUUCCUCUUCCACCUCCCUUGCUGGAAAGAACGAAAAU